AUGGUCAGCCUUUUGGCAUUGGAGGUUAACGCGCUUAUAGUGCCUGCAUUUAUCGUCUUCGUUUUGUUCAUAAUCCCUAUACCGCUGCUGUCGAGAGCCAUGAGCCGGGCAAUGGGCUAUGCCGAACGAGUCAAUUUUUACGGAGUGUCGGUUCUCACUAUAGUGACAGUCACAACAUUCAUUGGUUUUGUUCUACAAGUAAUUGAUUGGAGGAGGAAGUACAGUGGCGGCAAACCAAGCUUCGCGGAAAUGACAAUGGAAAUCGACUGGGAGGGAAGGAAGUGGCGCCUUGAACGAAAUAUGUACAUCCACGCACUUGCCACGGUUUUGAGUGCUGCCGUGAUGAAGUUUGCAAGGCUGCACAACGCCCUUGAGAAGAAAGAAAGGUAG